CUCCGCAAGGCGUGGAAGAAGUCUGGGCUAUUCGGGAUAUCGCUGCGGGAGAAGAGGUCACGAUUGCGUACAUCGAUUCUUGGAGAAUGAAUGAGGUGCGAGCUGGCGCCCUGAGGCAUUACGGCUUCGAAUGCGACUGCCCGGCAUGUGAUCCUUCGAAUUUGGGUUUCGGUCCCAAUUUCUACGAUGAGAGCCGCGAGCGACGGUUCACGUUGGAAGACAUCGAGGAGCAAAUUCCUCCUGAUGGUCGCUUUUGGCCUGCGGAGGAUGGUCAUCUGAACGAGAGACUGAAGUUGGCGCUCCAGACGGCGGCCAUUCUUCGGCAAGAAUGGGCGUACACGGGGAAACUUGGGCGGAUUUACCAUGAUAUCGCAUUGCUCGCAUGGAACCAGGGCGAAGGGGGUCUCGCGGAGACCGCCGCCCGCUCGGCCAUCUAUGUCUAUGCAACAUCAUGUGGGCUGGACCACCAGUACACGCGGUUCGAACGUGGCCGUUUCCGAGACAUGAUCCAGAAGAUCAAGUUGGAGAAUGCAAAGAAGGAUGGCGAAGCGACACAUAAUGGCGGAGAAGUGGUUGAAUAUGCGGAGACAGACGCGGCAGUUGAACAAGUUACCAAACUGGGGAUUUGAUACUCUUUUUUCAGAUCAAGCGGAGCAUUGAUGGAAAUGAGAGCUUCUAUCUCGAGCACAGGGUCGAGGUUCGGAACUGAGCGUCAUUAGUCAGUCAGCUCUCACAAUGUGCCGACUCGAAUAUAGAGUUUGCAAGGGCUUCUUAAAACGUUUCGUGGCCGAUAGAAUCACGGGGACAGG